AUGAGUGGUGCUGGUGUCAAUACCAAUAUUGAUAAACGUAAUAGCUCUCUCAAUAUCUGGAUUACUCCAGAUGUUGGAAAUGAUGAACCGAAGGUGGAAUUUGCUGAGCCACGCAAUAAUUUGAUAUUCCCAGUGGAUGCUUGUGUAUUGGAGAAAAAAAGCAGUGGCACGAAAAAUUCCAAAAUUAAUGAAAGAAACAUUGAUUACGAUGAUAGCAGCACAGUUUCGAGUAUUCCACGAAAUGCACUUUUACACUUUUCUGGCCGUCCAAGUGUUCAACUUGUUACCGCAUUUUUCGAUGGUUUUCAUGUUCAAACCGAUAGAGCGAAUAGCAUAAAGAAGAAGACUUUUUUAACUUGUAUAAGUUUGAGUGCGGUUGCCACGAAUGGUGUUAUCGAAAGUGGUGGAACUUAUUUCAUGAUUUCGCGUAAUUUGGGCGCUGAGUUUGGUACAUCAGUCGGUAUUCUAUUCUAUUUAGCGAAUGCAUGCGCAUGUGCUAUGUAUAUUGUUGGAGCCAUCGAAGUACUACUGUUAUAUUUAUUCCCUACUAUAGCAAUUGGAGGUACUGACGUCGUAAAAGAUAUAGGUUUCAUGGGAAUGAUGUCCAAUAAUAUUCGCAUUUAUGGAACUGUUUUAUUAUUAAUCACAUUUUUUAUUGUAGCUCUUGGUGUGAAAUUCGUACAAUUUUUUGCUCCGGUGUCUCUAUUUUGCGUAUUAUUUUCAAUUUUAUCAAUUUUUGCUGGUACAAUUCAUAAGAGUAUUGUUAAUUCUGAACAUACAGUUUGCACAUUAAAUGAAUCAAUAGUUUUUCAAUCCAAAGCCUUUAUUCCUGAUUAUUUAAAUAAUACAGCUUUUGAUAAUCAAUGUCCAUAUUGUACAACUGAUAACGUAAAGCUACUCAAUAAUUUAUGCGGGAAUAUAAAUGCUGAAAAUUGUACAGAAAUGGCGAAUAAGUCUUUAUCAUGCAUUUAUGCAUUUCCUGGUAUACGAAGAAAUACUUUUAACGAGAAUUUAAUGAGUAACUAUAUGAAUGAAGGUGAAUCUGCACAAAGGGUUGUGGCGCGCAAGUAUAUCGACAUUUUCCAGGAUAUAAGCACGAAUUUCUUCGUAAUUUUGGCAAUAUAUUUUCCGAGUGUGACGGGCAUUAUGACGGGGUCGAAUAUGAGCGGUGAUCUUCGCGACCCACAAAAAAAUAUUCCUGUUGGAACUAUAGCUGCUCAACUAUUCACCUCUAUAAAAUAUUAUAAAUAUAAGUAUAAAUAUGAAUUUGAUAAAUUAGGUCCCGUAUUACGUGACAAAUAUGGGCAAAGUUUACGAGGUCGUGGCAUGGUUGUGGCUGAAAUGGCUUGGCCAUCGCCUUGGAUUAUUCUUGUUGGAUCAUUUACAUCUUGUUUUGGAGCAGCACUCCAGUGUUUAUGUAGCGCACCAAGGCUUUUAUAUUCAAUCACGAAAGACGAUGUAUUACCAUUUUUACAAUUGUUCCGUGUACUUAACAGAUGGAAUGAACCUUUUCGAUGUACGAUUUUAACGGCGAUUCUCGCUGAAUUGGUGAUACUUGUCGCUGCUAUCGACAGAAUAGCGCCAAUAGUUGAUUUUUUCUUUCUGAUGUGUUAUGCAUUUGUCAAUUUGAUAUGUUUCCUUCAUUCGAUUCUUGGAGCACCAAAUUGGCGACCACGUUUUAAAUAUUAUCACUGGUCAUUAUCAUUGCUAGGUGCUCUAAUAUGUCUCUUUAUCAUGUUCUCGACCCACUGGAUUUAUGCAACUAUAGUAUUGCUUUUAUGUGCUGCUAUAUACAAAUAUGUUGAUUGGAAAGGGGACAAAAAAGAGUGGGGAGAUGGUAUACGAGGACUCGUUCUAAGCACGGCCCAGUUUUCUUUAUCAAAAUUAGAAGAUAAGAUACCACAUCCGAAAAAUUGGAGGCCUCAACUUUUGCUCAUCACAAAUUUACCGUCUUGUCAUGAAUCAAAUCAAGAAGAGACAACUAGGAAGCUACUACAUCUUGCUAGUCAACUCAAAAAAGGUCGAGGACUUACUAUAGCAGUUUCACUGCGUGGUGGCGAUCCAACUGAUAGCGAUGAAAAAGCUUCGAUUGCUGCUAUGAUGAAAACUAAAUUGGCAUUUGAAAUGACAGUGGCUAAGGUAAGAGGAUUUUGUUCCUCACUGAUAUAUGAUACUGAUCAGGUUGAAGCUGCAUUAUCAACUCUGAUACAAAGCAGUGGUAUUGGCCCCCUUCAUCCUAAUACUCUUCUAGUGCCUUAUCCUGAACUUGGAGGUGUUGGCAGUAAUUACUGGAGUUUUUUGCAUCGAUUACAGCGAGGCGCAGCAGAAGAUAUGUCCUUGCUAAUUCCUAAAGGCAUUCUACUCUUUCCAGAACUAGAAGAUCGAAUAAGUGGUUUAAUCGACGUCUGGUGGAUACUUCAUGAUGGAGGGCUUCUUUUGCUUAUCUCUUUCCUCCUGAAACAACAUAAGGUGUGGCGCUCUUGCAAAAUGCGUAUUUUUGUUGUUGUGCAACAUUCUGAUAACCAAUUCAAAAUGCGAAUGGAAAUGGAAGAAUUCCUCUAUCAGAUGCGUAUCGAUGCCGAACUUAUUCUAGCAGAAUUUGAUUCGCCUGACAUAUCAGCAUAUGAAGUUCAAAGAAGUAUCGAUGUGAAUAGAGAAUUCGCAAGACGACAAACGAGGGUUAGUUUAGCGCAACUUAUUCUCGACCAACAUCGUGGAUCACGCGACUUUCUGGACGAAAAGCCCUUGAAAAAUCCUAAAGAUAUCACUCAAUUUAACGAAAAUAAUGAUAAGAGUGGAAUUCAAUUUAACCAAAAUAAUGAUACGAGUGGAAUUCAAGAAGAUUAUUUGGACCAUCCUAUGCAACAUGUCGAAACGCCGAAAUCACCAGAAAAUAAUCGAAGAGAAGUUGAGCGCACAUUUACAUUUACACCAUCGAUGGCGGUCCACGACCAUAUACCAAAAAAAAAAGAAAAGAAAUCAAGUAUACAUUCAGCUGUUCGUUUAAAUGCGAAAAUUGUUGAAAAAUCACAACGAAGCGCUUUAAUUGUUUUGAAUCUUCCCGAACCUCCGAAAACUCAAACUUCUUUUGAAAAUUAUAUGCGAUAUUUAGAUGUUCUUACACAUAGUUUAAAAAGAGUUUUGUUAGUUCGGGGAACUGGCAAUGAAGUUAUCACUAUGUAUUCGUAA